AUGACGCCCCCCAUUCUUUGGGAAGCUCAGAAGCAGGUGAAGUGUCUCGAAUCCAAGUUGUACCCAAAGCCAGAGACUUGGGGCAAAGAGCCAUCAGAUUGGGUUCGACUGGGUGUUCAGCUCUUGAAACAAGGCAAACCCGCAGAGGCGAAUAAUCUCUUCCUCAAGACGAUUGAUUUUCUGGAUCAACAGGAGGGUGGACCCAUUGAACGAUUGCUGGCCAGACCUUUGCGCGCACUUGCCUUCGAUGCACUUGAGGGCGCUGCGGAAAGCUUGGCAGCAAUGAAUGAUUUUGUAGCUGCCCUUGAGAAUGGACGCAGGGCAGCAUCCUUGAUACAGCCAACCCCAGGAAUGCAGGUCCCAUUUCCAGAGCCGGAGUGUUCCAGGCGAGAAGGUCUUUUGAACUUGUCCAUGGGACAUGCUGCUGAAGCCAUGGGAGCCAAGGAUGCCCUGCGCUUCUUUCGGCUGGCUGCCCAAGCUUUGCAGAGGCAUGGAAAGGACCCGGCCUUGGAAGGAGCAGCCGUCCUGGAGCUGGGACUUCGUCUGGUGAAGGAAUGUGAAGAGGGAGACCUGGAGUCGGCUGAUUUGGCCGUGCCUGCGUUGGAACAUGCAACGUCGUGUCUGAAGACUGCACAGGGAAGGUGCUCCAGAAGGCAAAGCGAAGCUGGGCAAGGUUCGACGGAACAUGUUUCGCAGAAGCUUCGCUGGCGAGAGCUGCAAGCUCAGGUUGCUCUUUGUUCCGUUCAUCAGCUGCGGGGGGAUGUCGCUGAUGCGCAGGAAGUCUUGGAUGCUUCGAAACAUUUGCUCCCAAAUGAGAACACCGUGACCGCUGCUUUGGAAUGGGCGGAGUUGUGUGGCAAAUGGGCGUUCCUUGCUGCGAAGGUGGGACGACUCUCUGACGCUGAAGAGGCGUUGAUGCUGAAGUGGAAACUAUCAGGUGGCAAGGAAGGCGAUGAUGCCACCAACCAAGGAACGGCGCGUGGAGAGGACAAAGAUCUAUCUCCAGUUCAAAAGCGUUGCGCCAAGUUGCAACAAGAGGCCUUGCAAAGUCUGGCCCUGGUGAAACAGAAAGCGCAGAAUCCAGGUGUCAAGGACGUGAUGUCCCUCCUGGAGCAGUUGCCCGGAACUUCAGAGGCAACACAGGAGAUGAAGAGACAUCUUCAGCGCGUGGCACCAUCUGAUGAACGGAAACCAUCUGGAAACUCAAAGGUAGUCUCCGAUCCGAUCCGCAUGUGCACCGAGUGGUCCACUUUGCACAAAGGUGCAAGUCUCGUUGUUUUGGCUGCUUGCCUUGUAUCCCUUUUGAUGAACAAGGCAAGUUGGAUUUGGGAUUUGCUGCAAAAUCAGACAGUGACUUGAAAA